AUGGACAAUGGACAAACGGACAAAUCCAAAAUCAAUCGACACCGACAAUCUCCAAACGAUAUGACAGUGGGACCAGACGGACUCCGCGCGGACAACACACAGUGUCCAGUGCGGGAUAUCCGGUAUCGAGGGCAGAACGGGAUGAUCAAUAUCAAAUUCAUACGGCGCGUCAAUCAUUGGACGCCGCAGCCGCUCUGUAUCCAGUCGCGCUGUACGCAUACGGAGGUCAACAAUCAAUAA